AUGAGCGACAACUCUCGUGCUGCAUCCCCGGCUAAGAAGGACACCGUUCCCGGUACGUAUGCUUCCGCAGUUGGCAACGACGGAACGGCGACUCUUCCGACUUCCCGCAUCGAAAACGGUCAGUUUAGAACUUCGAUUUCACUUUCAGAUGACUCUAGAGAAUAGUCCAUGUGAAGAAGAGUCGGUAGCUUCUCACAGAAAUUUACCUUUUUCAUUCACUUCUACAGUCUUCACGUCUCGUAAUUUAUUACGAUGACUUGAAAGUGACAUUUCACAAGGAACUUUUAAUUACAGUGUCGGACGUCCACGACUACGACCGCCAGUUCCCGGCUUUGCCAACUUCUGAUCAACGUCCACGCACGGCAACUUCUCGUCCAUACCGCGGUGAGUUAUGAAGAAAUUGGAAAACUGUGUCUCGAAUGAUCAUUAGAAAACCUGUUUUUAUCCAAUUGUGGAUAAUUUUCCUUCAUAUUACUGUUCAAACCUUGAUUUUCCAGGUCCCAUGCUUCGUACGACAAGUCCAACAUCAACAUCGGCAACUACGGGAGCUCGGCAGGGAUCACUCCGACGACGUCAGCUUAACGGAGGUUUGAACUCGUUCAAAAACAGAUUGGAAUCAAAACUAAUCUGAAAACAUUUACUCGCGAAAACAAAUGAAUAUUGCAUUCAACUUGAAUUUUUUCCGACUUAGACGUGAAAGUUUUCCGAAUUGAAAAUGGCUCAAAAGUUCGAAAUAGUUGAACUCAGUUCUUUUUCCUGCUAAAUGUAAACUUUCAAUCAACCUGAUUUUUCAUUGAUGUAAGACCCAACAAAAACCUUUUUUCAGCAUCCGCUGCCCUCAACGUCCUCCCGGCAAAUCUUCGUCCUGUUGGCAAUUCCGUCGUUGAGCCGCUCGAGACCUGCCAAGAUCGUGUUGUCGACUCAGAACAAACCGGAGAUCAUGAAGGUGACGGUUUGGCUGGAACACCUGCCGACGUCUUCCAAGGCGCCGGCAGGCCCAGCCAUCCGUCCACAAUCACUCUCGGUAGGUUACUCGGAAGUUUACUCAAAAAUUCACUGGAAUAAUUGAGAAUCUAUUUAUUCUCUGAGCACUUCUUCUUGGUUGUUUUCCCGUUAGGGUAAAUGUCAAAUUCAAAAAAAACAUUGACGUUUUGAGUUCUGCACCAAGUCUCCCCACAGCUUCAUUUUUGAAUAGAUGAACUUUUAGGCACAAUCUCACACUUGGCAAUAAUUAAACCCUCGACAUCCUCACCCACAACAUCCGCGACAACCGAAAAAUGGAGGUAAGAAUACAUUUUCUUUCAUUUUACCGUUUCAAAUAAACUCAUAAAGUUUGAUAACUUUUUUUGUGAAGUUAUAAUUAUUUGAGAUGACGAACUAUUUUCAGAAACUUUAUUCAUCGGAUAUUUUUAGAUGUCGAGAAUUUGUCGUUUUCCGUAAAUGUCGCUUCAUCUUCCGGAGGAAAAGUCGAAAGCCCGAAUGAAUAUGGAAAAAGCGCCGUAGACUCCAACAUGAAUAACAGUGAGUGGAAUUUUUGGAGUAAAUAUUUUCUUAUUUGAACAGAAUGACCGUUCUUUCUAGAAAAGACAUUUGAAAAGUCGCCCAAUUACCUAAUACAAAAUAUCGUAUAACUAAUAAAACUUUUUCAGAAGCCGAGCAGAUUUCCGAAACUCUGUCUUCCCGUGGAGUCGACGUCAGAGACUCUUCAGCCGCAGAAUCUCUUUUAAAUUCGUCAGCGGAUCUACUUUCACGCGCUAAAAAUUUUCUCACACAACCACGGUCUGCGACACGUCUCCGUUACAGUGAGUUUUUAGUAUUUUUGAAUUUUAUAUAAAAUAUGAUGAGACUUGAAAAUUUUGGACUUCCGGGAACUUUUUCGGUGAGAUCUUGGGAUUUUAUUCUCUUUGUGAUUUUUCUUCGGAAACUCUUCCAAAUGAAGUGGAUUUUACUUUCAACCGAUUAUUUGCAGGUGACGAUUCAAAACUUGACAAAAGCCUCGGAGGCGGCAAGGAAAACUCAGAUGGUCUGUCAACGGCCCCUCCAAACGAUGACGCUCUGGCUAUGCUCUUAAAAGAUUUUGCGCAAGGUUGGUCAAAGGCAAAAAUUUCCCACAAACAGAUGUAAUGAAAAAAAUAUUGAAAUUAAUUUUGCGUUUUUUCAUGCCAGAAUGACGCAAAUAAUUAAUAUAUGAUCGGAAUUUCUGUGGAUUGAGCUAAUUUUUUGCAGGAACCGUGGAAAGGCCCAUUAUCAUCAAUUUGACGCAUUUCUGUGAUCAUGACGAUGAGCACAAAAAUAGAAACAAAGAACUCAUCAAAAAAAUGUUUCAAAUGGAAAACAGCAAAGGUAAAAAUUUUUUGUUGAAAUGUAAGGAUCUGCAAGAAAAAUUCAACAAUCUUCAGAAAUACAAAUUGAACUCAAAUAAAAAAACUUCAAAAAAACUCUGCUGAACUAUAGAAUAAAUGAAAAAAAUAAAUUGUUGGUUUGCGAGAUCGCUUUGACCAAGAAUGGCUCGUAAAUCGAUUUGUCCUCAAUAUUUUAAGAUGUAGAGAAUUUUUAUGACGGGCGUCGAGCCUCAGGCAAAAGCGGAAAUGAAGAUCGACCACUCGAGAUGUAGAACUGAGAUAAUAUUAGUAAUCAUUAUGCUACCGAAAUUUUUUUCCAUAAGAAAAAAACGUAGUUGAGUCUCUCUCUAAUUUCAAACUUUCUCAAAAAGAUUUUUUCAGACAAGCCGAAUGUUGGAAGCAGUCCUGCGUUAGAUAAGAGGUUCCACGUCAAAUGUAUCGAGGCGACGGUAAGACUUUUCAGUUUUUUCAUAGACCGCGUGUUGGAAAAAAAAAACGGAUUAACUGCGAGAAUCACAAACUCUGAAAGUAUUCAAUAACUUUAACUAUGUAAUUUUUUUCAUUUUUGCUUGAUGCAAAAUCACUUCAUCUUCGAAAACUUAACUCACUUUAAGUUAAUUAGACAAAGAGAAAAGUUUAUCAGAGCAGAUCAAUUCUAUGUUGAAAAAAGUUUUUCGACGUUCAGGCAAAUAAAAAAAAGUUCGAAUAAGACAAAAAUUUUUUUCCAAAAAAAUCUAGAAAGUUUUGUUCUCACAAUUUCCUCAAAAGCAAACAUUAAAUAUUAUUCAGUUUGAAGCAAAUAGAAAUUGAUUGAAUUUUUUUCUGGUAGCAAAAAAAUGCAAACUUAAAAUUUAAAAAUAGUUUUUUUGAGAGCUGACAACACUAGGUAGAAGAAAAAACUUUAAUCAUUUUACAGAAAACGGUUUCUUGUGUCCGACAAAAGCCCACAAAAAGCGAGCUCGACCCCAAUAACAACUGCACGCAGGUUCAAUCCAGUCGUGUAAGUCAAAAAUAAACUUUACUCUAAAUUGAGACCCGGAAAAAAACAACAAAGAAAAUUCGUUGGUCCAAUUAGAAGUCCAAGUUCUGUCUCAGAAAUAAUCAAAAAAAUCAAGAAAGUCAAUUCAAUUCUUUACAGGUUGUCCUAAAAACGACAUUCUGCGCGGAAGACUUUCGUACACCAACUCAACGCGGGAGACGGUUAUUUCAAGAACGAGUAAGUGAAAAACUUAGGGAUAUACUGCACUUAGAAAACCAAAAAUGUGGCGUUCAUUUUUUUUUUGUAUCAUAGCCUUUUUGCAUGAAUGAAACGACCGGAAAAUUUGCAGCUCCGCCACACGCCCUCGGACGCUGAAAUAUUUUUUAGAGCUAAAUUUAAUCCUUGCUCCUCUUCAAUUAAGAGAGAGGUUCGGAAUUUUUUCAAUUAUAAUUUCCAAAUAUUUCAGAAUUUAACUCAAUGGGAGUUACGCGAAGUGGGCAAGAGGAUCUUACGUGACAGAACAAACUGGCCGAUGAAAAAACUCGAUCGAGAAUAUUUCGAUCAAAUCAAUCAUGAUGUAAGUCGAAAAAAAACUUAUAAUUAGAUUUCUGAAAAACCCGGCAGUAGGUUGAUAAAAAAACCUAUGACUUUGAGAGCAAAGAACUAGGAUCAAGAAUCAAAAAAAGGUCAACAUAAAUUAUAGACGGCAUUCAAAAGAUAAUCCAAAGGAUUUCAUUUUAGAAAUGAUGCGAAAUUUUAAAAAUAGUGGUAAACCACCGAAAUUGAUCAAUUUCGGGCGGUUUUCCAUUUUUCUGUGUCAGAAAAUAACGCUUUUGGAAACACAUUAACAGUAAAAAAAAACAUCACUUCUGAACGGAUCAUCCUGAAGAUUCUUUCAAAACAUUAAGUCGUCAACAUCGAGAUAACUAUCUCCAGGAAGCAGGAGGUCGGUUCUGAAUGGAACCAGAGUUAAAAAUAAGGCCAUCUCAUCCGAAAAUAGAAAAUGAGCUUCUUUAAGCUUGAAUCUCCCAAAUUCACCGCAUUUAUAACGGAAUGUCUUGUUUUCAAUGAGUUAGAAUUGAGUUUACUAUUUAAAAUCGGAAAAGAAAAAAAAAGUUAAUUGUACAUACUUUUUCGAAUAAAUAUGUUGAAUGUCACAUUUUUCAGUUCAAAACACUGAUGUCAGAAGCUAUUCGGGAAGCCACGGAAGACAGCUGCGAGCCCCAAGGAACUCAGAGCAACUAA